CAUCAGAAGUUUCGAGGCACCCUCACCAAGAUAUCGGACAUCAACAUAUGUGUCUUAAGCACAAAUCUACAUCCCGAAUCACGGUCCUUUAUCGAAACCACCUGCUAAGACCAUAUUCGUGAAAAUACGAUUAUCGUAUCAUACAUUUAUUCUCCACCUAACCCCUACCCGCCAGGGGAAGACCUAUCAAGUCGUCUUGCUCCGGUAGCCAAGAUGGUUAACAGGUUAGAGAAACUGGAAAGGUUUUUCGGUGGCUCAAGGAGAAGGGAUAAAGAAAGAGGUGCAAGGAAUAGAGAUCUCUCAGUUGCAUCCUCGGCAUCGCAACCCCAAAAUGGGCCUUUCUUCCCAUCACCAUCCUUUAUGCAUCCUACAUCGAGACACAUGAAACCCCGAGAGGAGCCAAUUUCGUGGGCCAAAGUUGCAGCCAAGGAACGCUCGCAGAGCCUGCCCGAUCCUCAAGGAAAGCUCAGAAGACGUUCUUCACUCAGUUCGAUUAAUGCUGUCUUGAAUCAUCGACAUUAUCCAAGCGAUCCUAUACGUCCAAUAUCAUUCACUCUCAAACAAGCAGUAGACCUUGUCGAGGACCUAUCACAAUUCAGAUUUCCAGAUGAUUCCGCGCACCAGAGUGGAAGUAACGCCAUUCAUUCUAAUGGUUCCAUUAACAAGUCAGCCCGUGAGUAUGAUGACCCGGAGCUCCAACUAGAAAACAGACUGGACUGGUGCCCCCAACGUAUAUCGUCGCUGUUUAACAAUCUCGGCCUCGAAACUUCUAUCGACGACCGCCUUGCGAGGUUUACACAGGAUAAAGCAGAGUCGUCGGCUUUGCUGCCCUCUCCAAUCUUAUCCUCGCCCCCCUCACCUAGAACGAGAGUGGAUUCUAUAAUCAUACCACCUCGACAGUCAUCUCGGAGGUCAAGUGAGACUCCGAUUCCCGACUUAACAAACCCGCCGCGAAAUCACCCAUUAUCUCCAUUCCCAACGCCCCCGGACUCUCCACCAGCAUCGGAUGGAGAAGAAGACUGCUCUAAGACACCAGUCACCCGUGCAAGGUCAAAUAAGGCUCUAGCCUCGCCAAUUCAACUCACACCUCGUCCGUCGUUUGGAUCUAAUCCUCGAAAUAGUACGGAUACGUCGAUUGGCAGGUAUCCUGAUCGAGAGUCAUGGGGUAACGGGCCUGACGAUCCGGCAUUGGUUUCUAGCGUGCUAGAAGAAGAUGCAUGUGUUCCUCCAUUAAGGCUCAUGCGAAGGUCUACUAGCGUAACUUCGUCAUCAACAGUUACCAGAUAUGUUCCGAUCGAUCGUAACCUUAGAGAACCCACGCUUGACGAUUUCUAUACUCUUAGCGAUGAAGAUGUCUUGGAGAGCCUACCUACUACGCCUAAAGAAGAAACCGAUAUACCACCAACACCACCCCCUAAGGACUCACCAAAGACUCCUAUCGGUAGAAGCCGGUCCACUCGACAUGCACCAAUUGCCCCUACUACGACAGUUGAUGUCGCUUCUGGGGAAUUGACUCCUCCCCGCACGCCCAUCAAUUAUCAGUUUCUCACAUUAACUUAUUCGCCUACCAAUAGAUCGGGAGCUCUUGGCGCGAUGUGGGCUGCCAGGAUAGCCAAUACUUACAACUUUGACUUACUUUACGUUAUAAGUCUCUGGCCAAAAAGUGGUAGGAAUUCAUCGCGACGUCCGACGUCUAAGGGUUGCCCAAGUGAAGCACAGGAUAUCAGUCAUGACGGCACCCAGUGCGCCGUUGUGACCAGCCCGGGGUCUAGGAUGACUGGGCGGUUACUCGCUGCUUAUGGUCUAACUGAGUUUGGAUCGCCUUUCAGAAUCCAUGCCCAGUUCCAUACACAGAUGCUCGGAUAUAAGGGCUGGAAAGAAUACCGCGAUGAGCUUGCAUCACCAGGAGUGAUUUCUCGCGGAUGGACUUGCUCUUUUAGUGGCGACCAAAAUACGCCUACACAGGCUGAAAUGAGUGGAGAACAUGGGAUACGAAGUGGAAUCAUUGAUCGGGGCGUGGUCUUCGCUGCAUACACGAGGAAAACUACGAAGUCGGUGAUUCCAGUCAAUUCAUCACCGAAACAAACUGCGAUUCUUGGGAAGUUGCUGUAUGAUGCACAGACGCUUGUCGAUGCUCUGGUUCACGGCGCAUGAUUUUGAUUUUGAAUCGGCCUUGAGCGGCUGUUGCGAACCUCAUUUUUGGGAGGACAUCGGAUCAUCAUUUAUUGAAUGAGACAAUACGGCAUACGAUAACGGCAGGGCAUUGCUUUCGUUACUUGAUACCCCUCGAGUCAAAUAUGGUGGUUGUUGUGGGUUCAUUCGCUGUACUAGUUGGUGAAGUGUUAGGCGUUUAGUUGCUACCUGUACAGUGUUGAUUUAUUAGCGGGUAUGGGGUCUUUCUACUAGGUACGAGGUGAUGCAUGAUAUCAGGCUUGGUGCUGGGCGCGAAGAUGUUUCCUUUUCGCACAUGAAAAUAGUCGCAUGAUUUAAUGAGAACAUAUUAUAUGCCUAUCUAAUCUACAUUAAUAUUCGAU